GAGGACGAUGGCCUAUGACGGCAAGACAUCGGCUCGUGUUGCCUUUGGUUUCCAAUACGAUGUCGUUAGUUUAAAAACUUGUACUAGAAAAAGUGGCCAAUCUUGUACAUUGUUUGGCCUAGUCACAAGGUUUCGACUGCAAUCAACUCAAUCAUUCUUUUUAGGAUCUCGAAAAGUGCCAAGACACUUGCACACACUUGAGCAGUCAAGAUUCGACCACUAUGGACCUGCUAUGAACUUACAAGAGACAAAAAGUCAAUCGAAUAUUGCAACAAGUCAACAAAACACUGGUACCUUCCAAAGACUGUAUCGGAGUCAUCAAAAGGAUUUGGAACUGUUGAAUAGAGCUUUGUUGCAGUGUGCUGUAAGGAAAGAAUUGCCUCCAAUAGUUAAUAUCAAACAAGAGUACUGCUUUUAUAUCCAAUUUUCUAGAAAACCUUCUCAAGAAGAGGAAAAAAGGUUAUAUUGGCUUCUUUCGGAUCCUCUUUAUGAGAAUAGUUUAUCGGAAAGAUCCUUUUUUCCUAGUGAUGAAGGUUCCCAUCCUUGCUUUUCUUUGGAAAUAGGUCCCAGACUGAAUUUCCAAACAGCGUGGAGUUCAAAUGCUGUGACGAUAUGUCAGUCAUGUGGACUAAGUUGUAUCGAGAGAAUCGAGCGUUCUAAAAGAUAUUUCUUGGAAUGGGACAAUUGUGAUAAAGAAACUUUGCAACCGAUAAUGGAACAAUUUACCAAUACGAUACAUGAUCGAAUGACUGAAAUGGUUUAUUCUAGUCCGUUACAAAGCUUUGAGACUCCAGAACGAGCAGCUCCUAUACAAAUGGUUCCAUUGAAAGAAAAGGGAAUGACUGCAUUGAUAGAAUUGAAUCAACUCCUUGGUUUAGGUUUGGAUGAAUGGGAUAUGAAAUAUUAUUAUGAUAUGUUUGUGAAUGACUUGAAACGCAAUCCUACUGUUGUUGAAUUGUUUGAUAUUGCACAAAGCAACUCGGAACAUUCGAGACAUUGGUUCUUUAAGGGAAGAAUAUUUCUGAAUGGAGAAGAAAUGUCAUCUUCCUUACUUGAUAUGGUUCGAGAAACUUGGCAGAAGAGUCCUCAUCCUUCGGUUUUAGCAUUUUGUGACAAUUCUUCUUCUAUUAUGGGUGAUAGUCAAUGUUGGAUGUGGUCUCCUGAAAAACCUGGCAAGUCUCUCUUAAGUUUUCCAUCCAAGUUGACUCCCAAUGUACAAACUAUGGAUAUUACUUGUACUGCAGAGACUCACAACUUUCCUUGUGGUGUUGCUCCUUUUCCUGGAGCCGAAACAGGUUCUGGUGGUCGCAUUCGAGACAUGUCAGCUACAGGAGUUGGUUCUUUGGUGAUUGCAGGUACAGCAGGCUAUUCUGUUGGUAAUUUAAAUCUUCCAGAUGAGCAGUUUGAUUGGGAAGACAAAUCCUUUUCCUAUCCCAAUCAUUUGGCUUCUUGUCUAAAGAUAUUGAUUGAAGCAUCUAAUGGUGCUUCCGACUAUGGCAACAAGUUUGGAGAGCCUUUGAUUGCUGGGUUUACGAGAUCAUUUGGAAUGAGAUUACUGAAUGGAGAGAGAAGAGAAUACAUCAAACCAAUUAUGUUUUCUGGUGGUAUCGGUCAAAUGCAACAUCGACACGCUUAUAAAGAGUCUCCUCAAGUGGGUAUGCUCGUAGUAAAGAUUGGAGGACCUGCAUAUCGAAUUGGAAUGGGAGGAGGUGCUGCUUCAUCUAUGUAUCAAGGUGAGAACAAGGAAGAGUUGGAUUUUGGUGCCGUUCAAAGAGGAGAUGCGGAGAUGGAACAAAAGACUUAUCGAGUGAUUCGUUGUUGUGUCGAGCUUGGAGAAAACAAUCCAAUCGUAUCUAUUCAUGAUCAAGGAGCUGGAGGAAACUGCAAUGUGGUAAAAGAACUUAUUUAUCCAUCUGGGGCUCGUAUAGAUAUUCGAAAGCUCUGGAUUGGAGACAAAACAUUGUCCGUAUUAGAACUUUGGGGAGCUGAAUAUCAAGAACAAUAUGGUCUUCUCAUACGACCUGAUUCCAAAGAGUUGUUUUCCAAUAUUUGUGCCAGAGAAAAUGUCACUGCUAGUUAUAUUGGCACUAUUGAUGGGAGUGGAAGAAUUGUUGUAUUUGACUCGGAAACACAACAAACUGCAGUGGAUAUGGAAUUGGAAAGAGUGUUAGGAAAACUUCCUCAAAAGUGUUUCUAUGAUGAGUUCAUUGAAACUGAAUGCUUGAAACCUUUGAAUAUGUCCUUUCUUUCGAGAGAUGAAUGGCAAAGAUAUAAUGCCAAUGAAAAAAAAUCCAUUUUUAUGAAAGUCUUUGAAAGAAUUUUGAGGUUACCUAGCGUUGGUUCCAAAGCAUUUUUGACAAAUAAGGCAAUGAAAUAUUCUAUGUCAUUUGAAAUAUUCGAAAUGGCUUACAUAAAACUAGGUCCACUACAACUUCCUUUGGCAGAUUGUGCAGUUGUAGCUAUGAGUUAUUUUGGUGAAACUGGAAUAGUUACAGCCAUAGGAGAACAAUGUAUCAAGAGUCUUCUAUCACCUGCAGCAAUGGCUAGAAUGGCAGUAGCUGAAAUGGUCACCAACUUGGCUGGUUGUAAAAUUACUAGUCUAUCAAGUAUUCGUUGUGAAGCCAAUUGGAUGUGGCCAGCAAAGAUGCCAGGAGAAGGUGCUAACCUAUAUCAAGCAGUGAGGAGUUUACGAGAUAUGUUGUUGUCGUUAGGUAUAGCAGUGGAUGGUGGAAAAGAUAGUCUUUCUAUGGCAACCAAAGUUGUUUCAUCUGAAAAUGAAUCACAGCUGGUCAAAGCUCCAGGAACUUUGGUUCUUAGUGGUUAUGCUUUUGUACCAAAUAUAAGAAAGAAAGUGACUCCCGAUAUAAAGCGUCCUGGAACUAGUGGAAUACUUUAUAUUGACCUCGCUCAUGGCAAACGGAGGCUAGGUGCUAGUGCCUUUAGUCAAGUCCACAAACAAUUAGGAGAUGAAUGUCCUGACUUGGAUGACUUUUUACUAUUAAAGAGAGCUUUUGAUGCCGUCCAAUCUUUAAUAGAACAAGGCAAAGUAUUAUCUUAUCAUGAUGUGGGUGAAGGUGGUUUGCUUACAGCUCUAGCAGAAAUGGCGAUGGCUGGCAAUUGUGGUUUGGAUAUUUGUUUUGCCAAUCAACAGCAUUCUCCUUUUGCAUUCUUUUUUGCGGAAGAAUCUGGUAUGCUCAUUGAAGUAGAAGAUCAUCAACUGGAAUUUAUAUUAAUCCAAUUGCAUGGAGAGCAGUUACCUUGUUGGUUGGCAGCUAUUACAACGAAUGAUUUCAAGAUACAAAUUCAAUACAAUGGAGAAAGUCUUAUGGAAAGAGAUAUUAGAGAUAUUCGUUCCAUUUGGGAUUCUACAAGUUUUCAAUUGGAAAAGUUACAGGCAGAUGUUUCUUGUGCAGUAGCGGAAAGAAAGAAUCGAUGGUUACAAACCGGACCUCGUUAUCAUCUUACUUUUCAACCUCAAAUGACUAGUUCAGCUAUUCUUCAUUCUUCCAGAAAGCAUAAAGUGGCCGUUAUUCGCGUUGAAGGAACCAACGGCGAUCGAGAACUCGCAGUAGCCUUUCACUUGGCAGGUUUUGAAGUAUGGGAUGUUCAUAUGAAGGAUAUUGAGAAUGCCUCCGUUUCUCUGGAUUCCUUUUCAGGAGUUGCCUUUCCUGGAGGAUUUUCCUUUGCAGAUGUACUAGACUCGAGUAAAGGUUGGGCCGGCAUUAUUCGUUAUUUACCUCAGGUGCGAGCAGAGUUUCAACGAUUUUAUAAUCGAAAGGAUACCUUUUCAUUGGGAGUAUGCAAUGGUUGUCAACUGAUGGCUUGGUUGGGAUGGAUUCCUAACCAUACCGACACCAUUGUAGUAGACUCUUCACAAGCUCUCUUUAUUCAAAACAAGAGUGGUCGUUUUGAAAGUCGUUUUAGUAGUGUCAAGAUAUUGCCAUCUGUUUCCAUUAUGCUUCGUGGAAUGGAAGACUCCGUAUUGGGUAUUUGGUGUGCUCAUGGUGAAGGUCAAACCGUAUUUACUAGUGAAAGUUAUUAUGAACAAGUUGUAAAAUUGGGAUUAGCUCCCAUUCGUUAUGUCGAUGACGAAGGCAUUCCUACGGAAGAUUAUCCGUGGAAUCCCAAUGGCUCUAGACAAGGAAUAGCAGCACUUUGUUCUAUGAAUGGACGACAUUUGGCAUUGAUGCCUCAUCCUGAAAGAGUAGUCUUUCCUUGGCAAUGGAGUUAUUAUCCCGAAACAUUUCCUCAAGAUACCAGUCCUUGGAUAAGAAUGUUUCAAAAUGCCAGAGAGUGGUGUGAACAACAAAAACACUCCUUUACUUAGAUAAACGAGCCAUAUACAACUGAGACUCAUCACAAUAAUAUUCUAAAGACAUAUCCAUUCCUUCCAACAAUGAUUGCCAUUCUUG